AUGAAGACCCAAGUGUUUGCCGAGUGCGAGGAGCAAAAGGAGCGCGUCAAGGCGUGCUACGGCGGCUGGUUCCAGCGGCUCUGGGGCGGCGCGUUCGACCAGGCCGACUGCGAGCAAGAGACGCAGGACUUUCGGCAGUGCGUGCACGACGCCAUGCAGCGGCGCAAGAAGGAGGCCAAGAACAAGCUGAGCGACGACGACUAUAGCUGGAUGGAGCGGGCGCGCGACGAGGCCGACGACAUGGCGGCGAGCGCCCAGUCGCGGGCCCGCGAGGCGCGCGAUCGCGCCUACGACGAGAAGGAGCGCGCCAAGCACAAGAUGCAGGACACGGCGGCGGACGCCAAGGCGCGGGCGCGCCAGGCGCGCGAUCGCGCCUACGACGAGAAGGAGAGUGUCAAGCACACGAUGGAAGAGACGGCGUCGGACGCGAGGGACAAGGUGCAGAGCACGGCGUCGGACGCCACGAACAAGGUCAAGGGCACGGCGUCGGACGUGGCGUCCAAGGUGCAAGAGACGGCGGACUCGUGGGCCGACAAGAUUAAGGGACUGGCCAAGUAG